AUGGGCUCCCGCCUGCACAACGCGCCCAUUGUGCUCGACAACGGCAGCGGCACCAUCCGAGCGGGCUUCGCUGGACAAGACCUCCCAAAAUGCUUCUUUCCCUCCUUCGUUGGGCGGCCGAAGCACGUGCGGACCAUGGCGGGCGCACUUGAAGGCGACGUCUUCAUUGGACCGCAGGCGGAGCAGCAUAGGGGGCUCUUCAAGAUCAAUUAUCCGCUCGAGCACGGCAUCGUCACGGAUUGGGAUGACAUGGAGAGGAUAUGGCAGUAUGUGUAUACAGAGGAGUUGAAAACAGUCAGCGAAGAUCAUCCAGUGCUUCUGACAGAGCCACCACUGAAUCCUCGGGAGAACCGAGAUACAGCGGCGCAGAUUCUGUUCGAGACGUUCAAUGUACCUGCUCUCUACGCCUCGGUGCAAGCCGUGCUUUCGCUCUACGCGUCAGGAAAGACUACUGGAAUAGUGCUGGAUUCUGGGGACGGCGUAUCGCAUGCAGUUCCGGUAUUCCAAGGCUUCGCAAUACCCAACAGCAUACGGCGGAUAGACGUGGCAGGCAGAGACGUGACCGAGCACCUCCAACAGCUGCUCCGGAAAAGCGGGCGCGUAUUCCACACCAGCGCUGAGAAGGAGACGGUCAAGCACAUCAAGGAAACAUGCGGGUACAUAGCGCUGGACCCGGCGAAGGAAGAGAAGGAAUGGUCCGGCGCAGCAAGAACGGACGGGAAGAGCGUCGAGUACACGCUACCAGACGGGCAGAAACUCAAAGUCGGCGCAGAGCGUUUCCGAGCCCCGGAGAUACUCUUCAACCCCGAGAUCAUCGGCCUCGAGUACCCCGGCGUGCACCAAAUCGUCGUCGAAGCCAUCCAGCGGACGGACAUGGACCUGCGCAAGUCGCUCUACGGGAACAUUGUGCUCUCCGGCGGUUCCACACUGACGAAGGGAUUCGGCAAUCGAUUGCUGCACGAGGUGCAGCGGCUGGCGGUCAAGGACAUGCGGAUCAAGAUUCUGGCGCCGCCGGAGCGGAUCUAUACGACGUGGACGGGGGGCAGCAUCCUGGCGGGAUUGAGCACGUUUAAGAAGAUGUGGGUGGAGAAGGACGAAUGGCAGGAGAAUCCGGAUAUCAUUCACACCAAGUUUGCAUAG